ACGCCAGUCAUAUCGCGAGGGAGACGCACUUAUGAUGGACUUUGAAAGCAAAGCCGCGUGGAGUCUGACGCGACAUUGCACAAGUUGCCCUCAGUGGGAAAGUUUGGUCUCGGUGAUUGUAAAGUCUGACUUCAUUCCUCGAGGGGACACGGGACACCAGCAUGUGGCACGACAAAAAACAGUUUUGCGUUUAACAGUGAAGAUCAGUAGACUUGUUUUUUAGACGACAUAGUGGAGUUAAAAGCAGGAGCUCCCAGUGGAGUAGGCUACAUUACUGAGAGUGCCUAUUAACCAUUAAUUUAUGAAAAUGAAUAUACCGCAGGAAAUAUGUGUUUAUUUCUUUUCUUUGUCGGCGCUUGGGGUACUAUACACCAUGAACAACGUUCCAGCCUUCCAACAUCCACAGGUCAUCCCGGUCGUUGGAGUGGUCGUGAUGCUGGCGGUGUUCCUGGUGGUUUACCUCGCCGUCCGCCACAGACCCCCUAAAGACCCCCUCUUCUACGUUUUUGUAGAGUUUUCCUUCACCUGUGUGAUCAGCCUGGUCAUCGCCCUGGAGCAGGGAGGGUUCACUUCAGGAUUCAUGGAAUUCUAUCAAAAGACGGGGGAGCCCUACGUAGUGACAGCAUACGCCAUUAUGAUGUCAUACUGGGAUGGCGUGGUACACUUCCUGUUGUACCUCUUCAUGGUGCAGCGCAUGGCCAAUGAGAUGUCCUACCGCAGUAUGGGGCUGUUCUGGGCCGGGUCGCUGUUGGCCAACAUGGCUGUGUACGUGCCAGGGAUCAUCAUCGGAAAAUACGGCGCGUACAUUUGCCCCACCUAUUGGCUAAACUUCCCCUUCCUGUUUGGGGCCUUGUGGGGGGCCAUCUCCCUUUUCAAUAGGCCGAGGGAGCUGCCAAUCAUCCCAGCUGACCAGGUGGCAGCGGAGCAGAAGCGCGGUCUCCUCUCCCGGCCCCUGGACCUGCUCCUGGUGCUCUUCCUGGUUGGGGCCAUGGGCUUCACGAUCUUCAGGGGCUUUGUGGUUCUAGAUUGUCCCCUAGACUCCUGUUUCACCUACAUCUACCAGUACGAGCCGUACCUGAAGGACCCGGUGGGCUUCCCGCGAUUCAUGAUGCUGCUCUACCUGUUCUAUGGCCUGCCGCUCCUGGCUCUGUUCGUCUACGGGCUUUGGAAACCAGGCUGCACCUGGAUGCUGGACUGGUCUCUGUUCUUUGCAGGGGCUAUAGCUCAGAGCCAGUGGUGCCACACCGGGGCGUCGGUGCACCACCGCACCCCGUUCACGUACCGGCUCCCCGAGGGGCGGUGGUGGGCCAUCGUGGGGGUGAACCUCCUGUACGCGGCGGGACCCCAGCUGCUGGCCCUGCGCUGUGCCCUCCGCCCCGCCUUCUUCCUCAAAACCGUGCCGGCGGACCGGGCCGAUCGCCAGAAGAAGACCAACUGACCGCCGCGCCGCGAACCCCCGCAAGCUCCGCCCCCAGCCCCAGCCCCCCCCCCCCCCCGCCCACUUCACCCCCGUUACUGCGGCAACCACCGGUCUGGGUGGAGACCCGGGGACCGGUUGGCACGCCGCCGGCUGCGAUCGCUUGCGCACGAAGACCGAGGGGAACUCUGCCGGUGAAUCUGUGUGAGCUGAACUCUGAACUGAGCUGUCAACACGUCCGCCGACCGAUCGUGGACCCUUGGACCCGAGAUUAUCACCACCACCCCUUUGCAAACAACCGCGGAUCUUACGGGCGGACGACCCAACCCCACAACGAAACUUCAGCAGCCAGACGGACUCCUGAUCCGACUCCCUCCCAGGCUUUAUGGCCCAGUGGCUGAACGUACGGAAUUUGGACUGGAUCAGCGCGGUCUGAUACGAACAAAGUCACGUUCAAUAAAAUACUGAGGAAUGGAAAACAACUGAGACACUUACAGAACGGUCACACAAAUCAUGGAAUACAGAUGCAUCCUGGGAUCGUUCUCACUGGCCAACAUUCAAAAUUCCGAAUGUAUGCAUAUUUCCCGUUCUAAACGUGUUUUGAAUACCCUGUUUAUGAAUACCCUUUUUUUUAAAAUUUACACUUGUAAUUAAAGUGCAUAAAUAGAUAGAUAGGUCUUUGCAAUUCAUGCCAAUAUCUUAUUAUUUUUGGAGGUACUAGUCUCAGGAACCAAUUUUCCAGUUAAUUGAAAAGUUUUCAGCUUUGCACCCACAUUCACUCAUGCACACAGUUUAGUUAAUUAGACAGCAUUCUGAACAAGGGAAUUAAGACCACUUCUUUAUUCAGCAUUUAUUUAGUUUUUACAUUUUUUAAAUUUUUAUUCUAUUUUACAGAUUCCAUUGCUGAAUACAGAAGUUCUAUGUAUUAAUUGUGAAUGUUCUAAUCUCGGGGCUGUGAUAAUGAACACUUGGCGUGCUCGUGAAUCAGGGUCACUGCACCAGACUGCCCGCUCGUUAAAAACUUUCACUAAGUCACCCUGGGCGCCGUGGGGUUGCUUCGCUUUUAAGAGCAAUCAGAGAGGUUUCGAGGAGCCGUUAAUGAGCUGAGGUACAAUUAAGCGACCGUUGCUUUGAUUUUGCCCUUCAGAGCAUAACACAGCGAUUGGUUCAAAUCAGCGAAUCAGCGAGUUAACGAUGGCAUGUUGGCCCGCCCAUUUUUAAAGAUGCAUUCUCCCAUGACUGGGUUUUUUUUUUUUUUUUUUUUUUGCAAAACCUUAAAAUUUUAGUGUUUAAAUAUAAUAUUCAGGCACGUUCUGUGAAUGAAAUCCAGAACACAUGCUUGGUAAGGAAUUUAUUACCAAGCAUGGGGGGGGGUAGUCGCAUGGCAAAAUACGUCUGUGAAACCCGCGGGGCUCGAUUUGAGUCAUGUUGUGGGGGGUGUACUCUAACCUGGAGCUAACUUCCUUAUGACGUAGAGCGGAAAGUGGUCGGCAGCGCCUCUGAUGACGCUCAUGCUUAGAAUGACAAUUUUUCUCUGGCAAACGCGGCAGACAGACGCCUUCGCGACCCUAAACUGUUCUGAUUUUGGGCCAGACUGUUUAUUUCAUCUCUCGCUGGAUGACGUUACUGGACUCUGGUAAACUUUGCUCUCCUUGCAGGGCGCAGUGAUAUAAAAAAGAUGACUAAUGAA